AUGGGAGACGAGCCGCCGGAGCAGUUGGGUGAUGGUGAUGGCAGUACCGCGGCCGCUCCGACCGCCAGUGACGCAGGGGCCAGAGAUGGCGCCACCGAGGGCAGCUGGACACGCCCAAACUGGGACUAUGGAUGGUACAGUUCCCCAUGGUACACGGGCUAUGGCCAGUGGGGAUGGUAUUCAGGAUACCAGGGCUACUACAGCUGGGGCGAGGUCCAAGAGCCACCCAAGGCCCCCGAGAUGCCGGAACUGAUUCCUCCGUUCCUUCAAGGCUGGUUCCUUUUACAGGACUCUGGCUUGGAUGUGCACGAGCGCAACAUGGUACAGACGGCCUUGCAGGGAAACUUCGACCUGCAAAGGGUAGCAGCUGAACUUCGGGCCCAGUGGCCUGAGACCGAGUUGUCUCGCCGAGACAAGACGCAUCGUCACAGCAGCUACUUGGGCGAAGCCAUCGAGGAGGAGGACCCAGAAGAGCAUCACGAGGCCUACCAGAAUGACGAGCUACGGGAGGCUGGGAUGACCGAAGAAGGAGUGGCACUGAUGACCAGUGCCGAAGACGAAGUGCAGACGGCAUUGGCAGCCCUCCAGCAGCACCGGAGGACACUUCGGGAGGCUCGCGCGAAGCAGAAUGAGGUCCGCUUGUCCCGCAAGUAUUAUCGACCGGCCAUUCCGGGAGCACUGGAAGGACGUCCAGACCUUCGUCCUCCAGCACCACCGCGCCAGGAGGUGUCGUUCCAGAGCGAGCAUGCCGACGAGUCGGCACCCUUCGUGUGCUUCGUGAAUGAAUCUAAGGCCUCCGAACAAGCCCUCAGUGCCGGAGAAGGAGAUCAGAUCGAACACCAGGCGUUUGGCCUGGACAUGAGCACCGACGCCGCCAUGCGUUCCGGGAUGGCCGUCAUAGACAGCGGGGCUACCAAGACUAUUGGUAGCGUGACGGCCAUCGAAGCAUUGAUGAUGAAAAACAAGAAGAAGACCGGAAGCGAUGGCAUCAUGUCCUUGGACCCUGACAACAAGCCGGUGUUCAGCUUCGGAAAUUCGAGUGUCGAAAAGUGUAUCUCGACCGCCCAGGUGCGAUUGAAAGCUGGGGGAAAUGAGGGUCGACUGAAGGUUCAUUCGUUGGAUAGCGGUCAUGGCCCCAUAUUGCUUUCAAUCGAGACUUUGCGUAGUUUGAAGGCUGUCCUGGAUUUUGAAGCAGAUCUCGUAGUGUUCCGGGGACUGGACGACAGGAAAGCGAUUCCCUUGUCCAGGUCUAGCACGGGGCACCAGUUGAUUUCCCUGGCCGACGAUCUUUUGGAUCGGGCCCAUGUGACCAAGCAGGACCCAAGAACGAGUCAUCCUCUUUCUUUCCCGCUACCUCCACGCGCCAUCCAGAUGCCGAGCAUCUCCAAGAUGAACAAGACCGAGUUGGUGGAGGCGAUCAGAGCACGCGGAGGGGCAGCCGACAUGACCACUCGGCGCUUGGAACUGCAGCAACAACUGCAGCAGAUGCUCAACGAGGAAGCUGGUGCCGAGGUUGGGGGCACUCCCAGUGCUCGUGUCGAGACGGAUUACCAGCGCUACACGAACGAGCUGAACCGCGCCAGUGGCCGCAAGAAGGAGGGAGAAGCGAAUCCUCGACUUCACCGGCUGGCCCAAUGGUUGAGCCGAACAACCACCGACAGCACAACGACCCCGCCAGUGCCAUCGGCACCGGCGUGGAAGAGCGCCAAGGCCAAAGCAGGAUACCAGAAGACCGAAAUGAAGAGCGGACGAGGCCCGGUGGCAGAGCUACAGAGCGAGAAGCGAGGCAGCCGGCCUCGCCGGGAGACUCACCCGGACACCGAGAUGGGCUCGAAUCACAGCUUCGAGAAGGACCUUAACGCAGGAGCAGCCCAGACCUUAGAGGAGAAAGCCUGGUCCCUAGUGCCAGGUUUGUUCCAGGAUCUUGUGAAUCAUGAUCGGACAGUGCUGAUGGAGGAACUUGAGUUUUCGGACGUUCAGAAGGAAGGACAGGGCCAAACGCAGUUAUGUGAGAUGUUCGGUGUUGGAGACACCUGUUUUUGUGAAGACCUGAAGAUUCCGAACUUGCCGGAACAGAAGUGCACCAAGUGUUGGCGCUGGGGUUUAUCUUCAGAGAUAAAGGGAUCUUCGGAAGAGGAGGUUGAGGUUCACGAAACCACAGGUGUAGAGAAACAAGCCCAGGCUGACAGACCCCAGGUGGAACCCCAGGUUUUCAGUGCUAACAAAGAAGAGGAGACAGGGUUCAAGGCAAGCAAGGCAGACUCCGAGGCCAGAGCCAAACAGCUAAUCCAAGCGGGAGACUACACGAUGCAAGCCUUGGAGAAGCUCCUGAACACCUCGAACCUGCAGCCCCCUCACAAGAACCCGAAACGAGCAUGCCGUCCGACUUCUGAGUACUUGACUCUUGGCAUGUACAGUUAUGGAGGGUUCUAUGGGUUGACCACGGCGACCACGGAACGUCCGUGGUUGACCAAGUAUUUGAACCAGUUUGCUCGAAAACAGUUGCCCAAGGAAGCUCAGUGGACUUCGGUGACGAUUAGUAGGAACAACAAACUUCCCGUGCACAAGGACCAACACAACCACCCGAAACACCUUAGCCACCUGGUAGGUGUAGGAUCUUACAAAGGAGGUGAGCUCUGGGUCCACGACCCAAAGCUCACCGAACAGAGUCAAGACACCCUGCCACAGGUGCGAGAAGAUGGAACCCAGUUGCUUGGCACAGCGCAGGCAACCCGGCACAAGGUUCUGACUUUCUGUGCAAAAGAGUGGCAUGCAACAUGUCCAUGGGAAGGAGAGCGUAUCACUGUGACCUUCUAUGUGAGCCGGGGAUGGGGCUGUGCUGAAGCGUCCGUUGAACAAGAGGUUUUGGAUGCAGGGUUUCGGAUGUGUGAGCCGGAGCAAGCCAACGUGUUGCAAACCAGGCGCCCAUGGAGCAUGAAGUUCCGUAGUGCGAGUGAGAAAGAAGAGGAGAAUCAAGCGACAGUU